GGGAGCCACAGUCCCUGAUCAAUCCCUUCCCUCAGUACAACCCUCUGGCUCCCUUUUCCCUCAGUGUGUGUGCUCUGUGUCUCCUCAGCUGCAGCAUCCCAGUGCUGAGGUGAGGGAGUAUGCCUGUGCCAGCAUUUCGCAGCUGCUGCAGCAGGAGCAGGUGAUCCCCGCCUUCGUGCAGCGGGACGUGGUGCGCUGCCUGGGGCCGCUGCUCAUGGACCCCAGCCUGGCUGUGCGCGAAACGGCUGCGGGCGCUCUCAGAAAUCUGAGUGCUUGUGGAGGAUUUGAUGUCUGUGAUGACAUGGUGACAGAUGACAUCAUGACACCCCUGGUUGCACUUCUGAAAGAGUGCAGCACUGGACUGGAUGCUAACCAGCUCUCUCCAAAGAAAUGCAGAGGGUCGAACAAAAAUUAUAUUGAAGACAUAGCCAAUGAGGCCAUUAAUUUGCUGUGGAAUAUAUGUGAAUGCAACAAUACUGCCCUAUACAUAUUCAAUAAAGAAGGAUGUCUGGAGGCUGUCUUACAUUACAUGAAGAAAUUUGCCACGAAUGUGGAUCUGGCUAUUUCAGUAGCAAACUGCUUGCAGGCAGUGACAGAAGAUAAUCCAGAUCUUCUUUCUUCAUUUAAUGCUUCUGCACAGCAAAUACUGGAAGCAGUGAUGUUGAGUCCAGGGAGCACCAUGAAGCACAUCCUUCUGAGAACACUGAUAGCAGGCACUAUCUGGAAUAUAAAGGAUACCAUUCCACCAGGCAGCCUGGGAAGCACAGUUAAUGCAAUCCUGAAGAUAUUUUCAGAAUCAUUGGCAAUAGAUGCUGGUGAAACAAUUAUUCGUAUGAAUGAAGCUGAGAAAAACAGGUUAAAACUUGCUGUGGAACCAGAAACUGAAGAAAACAUGAGUGAUACUAUAGAAAACUGUGUUUUGAGUGAAGAUGAUAACAUGGAAGAAGUACCAAAAGGAAAACUCAGAAGAGAAAAUGAUGUUUCAGAUUUACUUCCAUCUGAUAAGUGGGAACUGAAAGAAGUGACAGCUUUACUGACGGCUCAGCAGACUGCUCUGGAGAUCAUUGUUAAUAUGUGCUGCAGUGAAGAUCCCUCUGAUGAUGAGUGGGAAGAACUCUCCAGCAGUGAUGAGAGUGACUUGUUCAUGGAAAGCUCAUACAAUGAGGGGAGUGGGCUGCUGCUGUCACCCCUGUGCCUCUCUGCUGAAGUGAACUCAGCAUUUCUGAACAACCUCAUUCCAAAGAAGAUUCUUGAAAAAACUGCUUUUCCGAACAGUGUUGCUGUAGACAUCUGUAUGCACAAUCCAUCUUGGAAACCAUUAAUUAAAAAACUGAAUGCAGUGCAGUGUAGAGCUUUAACAUGUCUUCAGAGCAUUUUGUUGGUGUCAGAUGUGGAUUGUCUUGGGGGAGCUUCAGCGCUUCAGUCCCUUGCACAGCAUCUCUCACAGCUGAUCUUUUCUAAAACAGAACUCCCUACAGACACAGAAUUCCUGGAAGCUGUAACCAGUGCUUUGAGGGCUCUCCUACAAACAAUGGCAUCAAAGAACAUCUCCCAGUGCAUGACUCCUGAGCAGCUGUUGGCUUUGUGUGAGGCUGGUAUUCAAAGCAGCAAUGCCAGCGUUAGAGUGAACGUGGUGAGCAUCCUUGGAAUUUCUGGCAGUGUCCUGGCAAAAGGACAAGAUACAGCUGAAACCCUGAAGAUGAUUGGAAAAUUUCUUCUUGAGGUUGCUAUGAAGGAAUCUUCUCUUGUGGUAGCAGGGGAAGCCUUGGAUGCACUUUUUGAUGUAUUUGCAGAUGGUGAAGAAGCAGAAAAGGCAGCGUUACAGAUCAAGUUGCUUUCAACACUGAAGGAAUUUCAACCAGUGUUCAGAAUGAGGAUACGAAAAGAAGGCAAAGGACAAUAUAGUACUGAUCAGCUGUGUGUUCUUGACAAUGUGAAGAUGAAUUUGAGAAGAUUCAUUGCAUAUCAGGAGACACUAGGGAAAACCCCAACUUGAAACAUCGAGGAACUUUUAAGGUUUUCCUUAUUGAGUAAUGUUUUCAAAAAAUAUAACUGUUUUGAACUUCCAAACUUUACUGAGCAGAGCAGUUUUGCUUUGAUGUUAAUGCUACAUUUUAUAACAUUCAGUAUUUUUAUACUUUUGGGUUGAUGCAAUAUGAAAGACAUAUCAGCAUAAAAGACCCUGUAGCAUACCCUGAGGUUGUUGGAGUGGUAAGAAGGUGCUCUUCAGGUCCUGAGGUCUGUACAUAGCACCACUGUCAUUGCCUGGAUAUCUUCAUUUACCCUGGCAGAAAACAACUCUUGUGUGAAAAAGUAAUUCUGAAAACAUUCUCAGACAUGUGACAGAUUGGAAAAAAAACAAAAAGUAAAAGCUCAAGGUCUGUUUCAGGCAAUGGAGCAGUGGGAGAAUGUUCAUAUUUGCAAUUUGCUCUUACCUGUUCCUAGAAUUGCACAGGCACUUAUGGCAGACUUCCCGAAAGAAGUCUGUGAUGAAUGUGUAGAUCCCAGUCAGCAUUUGGAUCUGUUAUUUCAUGAGGUUGAUCAGGAGAAAAUUUUCAGAUUCAUUUAUGAUAAAUUCAGUAUGAUAGCUUUUUGCUGUGAAAAUCAGUGUAAGCAGGUCAUACACUUAGACACAGCACCCUGUCUUUAUUUUGAUUGGUACUUCUGAAAAUUAAGUCUCCUAUUUCACAGUCUUCCUUUUAAUUCUACAUCAGCAUGGGUUUGAAUUCGGGAAGUGGUAAACCUAACAGAAAAUAUUUUUUAUACUGAAGUAUUACCUGAAGUAAAUUUAUAUUUGCUUAAAAUACCUUUUGCAAAUAUUUGUGAUAGAGAUUUUUAGCUGUAAAAUACAGAAAAUAUUUUUUAAAAAUAUCAUCGCUUCAUGCAAAUUGUAUGAUAUUUUCCGUAUAUCAAAAGCUUUGAUUUUGUUUCUGUGAAUGAGGUGUUCUCAUACACAUUUUUCAAGAAAAAAACCCACAAUUAAACACAAAAGCAUUUUGUUUUGCUGGAUUUUGAAAUGGGAGGUUUUUUGCUCCUCUCUCGAUGUGCUGCCUUAGCUCAGGCAUCCAGUUUUUGGCAAAUUUUUUCCCAUGUUAAAAGCAUGGAACUUAAGAAGAUCAAAUUUGCUUGGUUUGUUAGAUUUCAGUCUCUAAGAUUGGAAAAUAAACUUGAGAACUGACUGGUAACUUGCAAAUGCCUGAGUUUCUGAAACCCUGACAAGGUAUUUCAUUGGUUGCAAGAGGAAGGAAAGAUGAGUUUAAGCAGCUGUACUGCCUGACGUGCUGUUACUUGACAGGAGUCAGAUGAAAUUUGUGAUGUGAUGCCUGCCACUCAAAGGAGUGAGAGGUGGCAUUGGGAGGGCUCAAGGGCCAAUGGGGCUGGACUAAGAAAAGCAGAAGUCAAGAGCAUGGGGCAGUUGAAAGGUUAUCCAGGCAAGGCAGGCAGUGAAGAGGUCUGCAGUGUAACAGCUGAGGAAAGGUGGAUUAUGGCAUAAUGCCCUGCAGUGUGUGGAUUUUAAUCCUAGUGUUAGUUAUUCUUGCUGUACACUGAGGAUAGUGUCCUGUUAGCCCGAUGAAAGGUAUUGAUAUUUGUUUGGGGCACUUAAAGGACUUCCAUGUGAAAAGUUCUGCUCUCAUUUUUUGGGUACUACAUUAAAUUGCAAAGUUCUAGAUUGGAAGGGAUCUCUGGAGGUCUCUUAGUGUAGUCCUCUGAUCAGAGCAGGGCUGACUUGGGAGAUGGGUUGUGCUAUGCCUUGAGCACUUCCCAGAAUGGAAAUUCUACAACACUGGACAGCCUUUUCCAGGGCUUGACUUGUCUCACUAGACACAUUUUUUCCCUUUUCCCCUUGUGCCUUGUAGGACUUUCCCCUGCUGCAAAAUGUGCCUCUUGUCCUUUGACUGCACACAACCAAGAAGAGCCUGGCUCCAUCUCCUAACCCCCACUUGGCAGCUGAAAACAGCAAUUGUAUUUCCCUCUCCUCCAAGCCAAAUAAACCCAGCUCUCCCAGCUAUUCCUUGUGCACCCUCUCACCCUCCAGCCAUCCUUCUGCUUGACCUGCUCUGCUGUGUCUUGUCCUGAGGCCCAAAACUGGACACACUACUCCAGAUGUGAUCUCCUAGGUGCUCAAUAGAGGCAAGUGAUUGGUUUUCUUGUCCUGCUGGCCGUGCUUCUGCCAGCACAGCCUGGUAAUUGUUAGCUGUUGUCACUGCAGGGGUGCCCUGCUGGCUUCAGCUUACUGUCCACCAGGACCCUUUGGUCCUUCUCUCCAAAGCUGUCCUUUGGUCAUUCAGUAAAGAGCACUGUCCCAAACGUAGGAAUUUGCAUUUUACAAGUGUAGCAGCCAGAAUCUGUUUUCUGGGGACCAUUAGAAAACCAAAGUAUGUUAUUUUUUGUUUUGGGUUUUUCUUUUAGGUUGAUGAUGACAAAAAACAUUUCAUCUGCAAGUACAAAUCUGGAAGUUGCAGAUAAAUGUGCAGAAGAUAAGGCAUCCACUAGAAACAUGGUUUUCUUAAUAUAAUCAGUUAGACCCUUUAUUUUUUCCUUCAAGUGAAAAAACAGACUGACAUUUAGAUCUUAAACUAUUCUGGCAAUAGGGAGGCACAGAUUAUUUUUUUGCUAUGCACUGAGUAGCUGAAUGUCCUGAGAAAUAUUUUCACAAUUACAUUUGUGCCUAGUACAAACCAUAUCACUUAAAGAGGAAUAUUAAUGCAUCUAUGGAAGACAAAGCAAGUUAUGAGUGAUUUAAAGAAGCAUCAAAUCAGGGACUAAAACCAGAUGAGAUACACUGGCACAAAAGAGCUAAGCUACAAGAUUGGGGCUACAAAAGUUGUUCUGACACAACUAAGGAAAAUCAAUGCAGCAGCAGAAGUAAUGAUAAUAUGCAAAUUAAAUGUUUUGGGGGCUCUUUGAACACUGGUUUAUUUAAUAGGUCUAGGGUAAGCUUCAGACAAAGACAAGAUCCUUUACAGCCUGCAGAGGGGAAGAUGGGUCUUGAUGGCAGAAAUUGGAUGGAUGUAGACAGUAUAGCAUAAGUAAAUAGAUACUAAAUAUAUGUAAGUGAUCUUCAUCAGUUAAUCUAAUCACACAGAUAAGACUGGUAUCAAAACAGGUAUCUGAAUUGGGUUGCUUAUUCUGGUCCCUAAGGCAUCAUCUGUCUGCUUCAGUUAAAAACCACACUCCUUGGAAAGUAUGGAUUGCUGCUCUGCUUGUGGCCCUGCCUGAUGCUGAGCACAGCAGACUGGCUCUGAGCUGAAAUACCAAAAUAGGUGCUGAGCUUACCUUGCUCUGGGAUCAAGUAGAGGGUGAAGGAGGCUAACUCCCAGCUGUAGAAAUUAAGAAUUAUCACUUGUGUAGUUUUAUUCUUGCUUUGUAUGAAAAGAAACAAGUGACAAGAUUUAAAUGUGUAUUUGUUGUUUAUACAUCAUGCCUUGACAUUCAGAAACAGAAGAUGGCUGUAUACCACAGCCAAGUCAAUAGUUUAACUUUUUGGGGGUUGUGGUGUGUGUUGAAGGUAAUUUUUUGCACAGUAUGGAGUCUUUGUUUUAAGAUUGUCUUCCUAGAGAAACAGGAAUAACUUCAACCAGUAGUACUUGGCUUGGUUUGAUGUUUGCAUUUUGAGAGACAAAUACAAAAAAAAACGAGAGCACAGUAAAAUUACAAAAUGAGAACUGUGUUGGAGAACUAAUGAGUUUAAAAUUAGUUUGCAGUUUAAAUAUUAUAAAUUAAAUUCAUAUCUUGUGGAAUAUUAACAUAAAACAACCAACCAAAAAUGUCCAUAAACUUAAGUUCUGUUUCCUUCGUGAGGGAUUUUCAAUAAAAACAUUCCUGAGGAUUGGAUGGAAACAUCUAGCCUUACAUUUACUGUUGCAAAUUCCAUUUCAGGCAAUGGUAGUGGUAAUUGAAAAUUAUGUAAUUGUUCCUUUCUGGCACAAGUGACUGGAGCAAACAAUCUAUAUAUUGUUUGUUCUGGACAAGCUGUUAAGAUGUAUAACUUUAGGAUAAUUGGCAAAAUCUGAGAUCUCUGACGGACAACAAAUGAAGGAACUUGAAGUUUUUCCACCAGGGCUGACACAUGGUGAGCCUUUCUAUUUGAAGAAGCUUUUAUUUGAGUGGUGGGGUUUUUUCAGUCUAAUUUUCAGAUCAUUUAAAACUGUUAUUUUUUUGUACCUUCUGGGAAAAAAUUGAAGCCAUUGAAGUAAAUUCACUUAAAUUUCAUUUUGUUUCUGUAUAAUUUUUGUAAGUUUCUUUUCUCUGUGAGAGGCAUUUUGUCAAACAUACAGAUGUAAUUCAGUGACCACAUAAAGCCUAAUUUGAGGCUUGUACACAUGAGCAUAUAGGAACAUGUUUUUUUCUUUUGAAUCUAGGUGUCAGGAGCUCCUGGCACUACUGUUACAUUAUGGGUUUUAAUCAGGCUGUUUGGGAACUGCAGUAAGAUCCCAUGGUAAUAAUCUGUAUGCUGCUGGAUUGUGGCUGCUGUGUGUUCUCAGCACAGUGAGGUCCUGAUGCAGCCCUGGCCUUGUGAGGUGCUCACAUAAAUCCCUGCACCCUUCUGAAAAAUGUGUUGGGCUUUCAGUAAAACUUCUGAAAAGUUUUAUGUUCCUGCUAUGAUAACAAUCGCAUUUAGAAUUGUUCUCUCCUCUGACGUGAAUUUUUUUCAACAUUUAAGGAAUAUUGCAUUAGCCUCUUCCCUCCUCUCUGCCUCUUCAAAUGGAGAGUGAAAAGCACUUCCAGAACUUCAUGGAAGAAUGGCUGAUUCAGUUAGUAAAUGCAUGAUGUUUCCAGAUAACUCUUCCUGGGAAGUUCCCUUUUGAGUAAAUAAGAGUUAAAAUUCAAAGCAGUGAUCAAAAAAAACUUGAUCAUAUUAAAGUGUGGGUUUUGUUUUUUAUGCCCCCCAUGGCAUACUUGCUAAUCCAAAGCAUUUGUAUUACUACACCACCUGUAUUGUGACUUGGCUAUAUUUGCUUGGGACUAGGGUUGUUGCUGAGGAAUCCUGUAAAUUAAUAAACCUCAGUCCUAUAACAAAACUUGUUGACAUUUAUGUGCUAUGAGUGUCGACUAAAUCACAGAUUUUUUCAGAAUUAGCUUUAUUAAAAAAGAAAAGGAAACAAAUCAGUUAUUUUUCCUGUUGCUGUUACCUUCUUAAGGGUAAUGUAAAAUCAUUUGACUUUGUUGCAUUUUUUAAAAGGUUUGUUAGUGCAAACUUUUUUAUUUGAAUUUUUGAUGUGCAGGGAAUAUUGUUUAGACUCUUCUUGUUACCUUUUUCUGCUAUGCUUAUAAUUAUCAGAAUAACUGAAGAAUGUGGGGUGUGGAAAAUAAGGUUAUUCUUAGUGGUUAUUUCCCAAUUCCAAGACAUGCUUAAGUCCCACCAGUUUCUAUUUGGCUUUCACUAGUAGCUUUAGGUGUUGGUACCAAUUCUCAAAGCAAUUAAGUUUGUCAACUUUAACCCCCAACUUUCGCCCUCUUGCUGUGGUUCAUUUUCUCUUGGGCUAUGCAGAUCAGACAUGCUGUGACAUAACAGAGGAGUGCUGAGGACAGUAUGUUCUGCUCUGGGAUGGUGGGGAGAAGCCAGAACUUCAGACUUUGGCUGUCACCAGGAAAUAGUGCUAAGUCUUCCUUGCAAACUGUUCACUUCGCGGAAUGCUUGAAAUUGGAAUGCGACUUUUUAAUUCUAAACCCUCCACCUCCAGCUUCCUAAAGAGAAAUCAUCUCCCAUGCAAUUCUGCAAGUGGGGGAAGCACCAGGCCCUUCGUGCAAAACGCUGGAAACUUUGUAGCUGAUAUUAAAGAUGUUUUAAAGCUGUAGUAUGAAAACACUAAAAAUAAAACCGAGUCUGACAAGAA